AUGACACCCUGCGACCCCAACGAGAUAUAUCACGCCCGCAACGAGGAAAAGCCACAAGCGGAACAAGAGAUUUCGGGUGGUGCACAGAUUCCGAAUCAUGCAGUCACAUUCGACUCGCCGCACGAUGACCAGAACCCACAGGACUGGGCGUCAUGGAAAAAACUCGUCAUCUCCACAACCGCAUGCACGGGAACCUUGAUCGCAAGUUUCAACAGCGCAAUUUACAACGCAGCUGCCGCAUCCAGCAGCACUGAGUUCAAUGUGGGAAAUAGAGUCACAGCACUAGGAACCAGCCUCUUUGUACUAGGCUUCGCAUCAGGCCCCGUGAUCUGGGCUCCAGGGUCUGAGAUGCUUGGGCGUCGCUGGCCACUUGUACUCGGCGUGUUCGGAUCCUGCGUGUUUACGUUUGGAAGCGGCAUGGCAGAGAAUGUGCAGACGCUCAUUGUGUGCCGGUUCUUUGCGGGCUUGUUUGGUGCAAGCCCUCUGUGCGUUGUUCCUGCUGUGCUGGCAGAUUUGUAUAACAACACGUAUCGGGGUGUGGCGAUAUCGAUGUAUGCGCUGACGGUGUUUGGGGGUCCGUUUCUUGCACCCAUCGUUGGCGAUUUCAUCGUUGCAAGUCACUUAGGGUGGCGCUGGACGCUAUAUCUUCCUGCUAUUCUGGGGCUUGCAAAUUCCUUGUUCCUAUUGCUAUUGUUCCGAGAGACUUUUGCCCCAUUGGUACUGGUGCAGAAGGCGCAGCUAUUGCGGUGGCAGACUGGUGACUGGAAGAUAUAUGCUGAACAAGAGAGACUGAAGCUAGAUGUCCACGCCGUGGUGAAAAAAUACCUUACUCGGCCGCUUUGCAUGCUAGCGACAGAGCCCAUCAUCCUCUUGGUAUCCACGUAUAUGUCGUUCAUAUAUGGAUUGGUUUAUGCGCUUCUAGGGGCAUAUCCAUAUGUAUUUCAGCAUGUCCAUGGGAUGCAGACCGGAGUACGAACUUUGCCAUUUCUCGGAUUACUCAUGGGUGUGGUUUUAGCUCUUAUCUUUAUCCUUGGUCAACACAGGUCGUAUUGUCGCAAGCUGGAGGCAAACAAUGGAAAGACAAUACCAGAGUGGCGGCUUGGACCUGCUAUCCUGGGAGCUGUUGUGUUCACCGUUGGUCUAUUCUCGUUUGCUUGGACAGGCUUUACGAAUGCUGUCCAUUGGAUGGCGCCAACUGCAGCCGGGGUAUUUAUUGGGUUUGGAGUGCUCUGCAUCUUUUUGCCUUGCUUCAAUUAUCUCGUUGAUGCUUUUCUGCCUCUAGCAGCUUCCGCAGUUGCAGCCAACAUUAUGCUCCGUUCAGCUGUUGCAGCUGGUUUCCCUUUGUUCUCUACUCAGAUGUUUGAAAAUCUCGGAAUCCAGUGGGCAGGGAUGCUUCUCGCCUGUCUCGCCACGAUCAUGAUACCAAUCCCGAUAGUUUUCCGAGCAUAUGGACCGACCUUGAGAGCAAAGAGCAAGAUCCUGGUGGAAGCCGCUAGUGAAGUGAUGGUAUGA